CGACUUAUCGAAAGCAAGGUCGAUUGCAUUGAAGGAAAUGGCGGCGCAUAGAGGCACGUAGCGAGCGGCUGAUUAUUGUGUUGCAGGAUAGCCCACAAUACUCUUCCUGUGAGGAACAUGGAAGCCGUGAACGAUGACGAGAUGGUGAAUAAUUUGGCCCACACGGAGCGACUUAUGGGCAACGAAUGUCGCAUCUGCCUGAAAUCCUGUACAGAGGUGUGCGAACUUUUCAGGAAUAACGGCGGAAUAUCGGAGAAGUUGAUGGCAAUCGCAGCCGUACAGGUAGAGGAAGGAGAUGGUUUACCAGCUGCUAUUUGUGUAUCCUGCAACCGCCUACUUAACGUGUCGUACGACUUUAAAUGCCUAAUUCAAGACUCGGACGUAAGACUACGUCAAAUCCUGAAGUUGCAAAUUCACCCUGUACCGCACGAAAAGCACAUAAAGGAUAGCGCGACAGUUAAGUACAUUAUCACUGAUGUCAUAUCCAACAUUAAAUGCAUAAAAGAUGAUCACAUGGAGCAGGAGAUCUACACGCCCCACGAUAUCGUUACGUUCGACAAUACCAUGGUUCCAUCUGAUGCCUCAGGGUUGAACGACGACGAUUCUCACAUAAGCAUAAGCCAAGAAUUCAUGCAAAAGCCGGAAACCGUGGAACAAAGUGAGAAAAAUAUACCCUAUGGUGUGCUUAAAGAGAAUGUACAUAACUCUGAAAUGGUAGAAGUAGCUUUCGAAGAAACGCAGGCAAAGGACAUGCCUUCAGGUACACUCGUUGAUCACUCGGGUCACUUGUCCGCUUUGUCUACGAACGACACGUGUGUAAAGCAGGAAGAAAUGAUGUUACGAGGCAGCGAAACAUCGCAACAUUUGGCGAACAACAAUAAGCUAGAGGAAGAGGAUUUGCUGAAGUUCGAAAGUAAGAACGAUGUGUCGUUGGAGGAUCUCGACUCGAAGGCAUCUAUGAUGCUAGGAACGGAUAUUCAAGACACGAAGGGCGGGACAAACUGCAGCGACGACGAAGAGAAACCGCUGAUAUGCAGGACAACCCGGCAAAGGUGCCUGCAUUGCAUCAAGUCGUUCGCGACUAAGCUGGCGUUGCAAAGACACAUGAUCGUGCACAAGCACAAAACGAAACUGCGUUACGUCUGUCACAUGUGCGACAAGCAAUUCUCCAAUAUCGCCAAGCUGAAAAGCCACGUGCGCAACAAUCACGAGGCGUACAAAGUGGAUGUUGAAGUGCCUCAAGAGAACAAUCAGGAUAAGAGGACCGGCAAGGCGUCGGUGAAGGUCACUAGGAACUGUGGUGGCAAUGUAUUAGUAGACAGCGCGAGGGAGGAGAAGAGGAACUUCAAGUUCACGUGCAAGUUUUGCUCGAAGCAGUUUAUUUACCACAAGUCCUAUAUAUCUCACGCCAAGAGUCAUCCCGAGUACAACGAAGAGACAACGACGUCGGACGACAUACUCGAUCAGUCCGUGAACAAGGCAACCGAGCAACGCGAUAAAGCACCUGCGUUCAAGGAGAACGAAUCCGAGGAGGAGGAAGAGGAGGAGGAUGACGAUGACAACGACAACGAGCUGCCGAUCGAGAGUUUACAAUGCACGCAGUGCGGGAAGCUAUUUGCCACCAAGCGGAAUCUGAAGAGACACAUCUCCACGCACAGCGGCUUGAAGUUCAACUGCUCGACCUGCGGCAAGGGAUUCUCCAGGGUUGACAAGCUGAAAGACCAUGAACAGUCGAAGCAUAAGGAGGAGAUCUUCGGCAAUACAGACGACGAGGAUGACGACGAGGAGGAUAAUGAGAAUAAAAUCAAUGAGAAUUCCGAGGGUCGAAAGAAGGACCGACACAACAGACCGCACAAAUGUGUGCUCUGUCCGAAGGCGUUCGCGCAGGCUCAAUCAUUGGCGAACCACAUGGAGAGGCAUAAACGGGUGAAGGACACACAGAAGCGCUUCCUCUGCGAGGUUUGCAGCAAGUGCUUCGCCCAGAGCGGCUCACUAGUCGCACACAUGCGCACCCAUACCGGCAUCAAGCCGUACGUGUGCAGCAUAUGUAGCCGUGCCUUCACCAAGAGCACGUAUCUGCAGUUACACUUGAGGACUCACAGCGGCGAGAAACCGUACAUCUGUCAGUAUUGCAGCAGGGCGUUCGCCCGGGCUAACACGUUAGCGCGACACAUCACGAUGCAUACUGGCGAAGCCAAGUACCACUGCCAGAUCUGCAACAAGUCCUUCCGCAGACUGACCUCGUUGAACGAGCACACGUACACGCACACCGGCCAACGGCCGUACGCGUGCAAGCUCUGCACCAAGCGGUACAAUAACGCCGGCUCUUUGUACGCGCACACGAAGAAGUGCAAGACGCAGCAGUUGUCCGGCACGACGACCACGUACAGUGUGGCCGCGGAUAACGUUCCGCCAGCGCAGAACGACGGCCCGAUGUCGCAGCUGCUCAUCUACUCGCAGAGAAAGCUGGUGGAGGAAGCGACGGUUGGUCAGGUUGUACCCACGCCGCAGUAUAUGGUAGCGAAUGUACAUAGUCAGAAGACGGUAUCCGCCAACGUGAUCCAACCGUUCACCGUGGAGGACCCGAAUGUGUACAACACGAAGCAGUUCAAGAGUCCUUACUACGCUAUUUAUCCAAAUAUGUAACGACGUGUCGCCGCCGAAUAUGUGACCACGUCCGAUGGUUGCUUGAUCUUUCGGCUGCCUUGAAUCAUCAAUGACUCGUGUCUUACUAUCGACUCGCGGUAAUCUCUUCAGUCGUUCAGGAUCGGAGAUCGAGUCGGCGAGCUUUAUAACAUACUGGAAAGAGAACACACGUGGGUUCUACGCAAUGAUCUCGAGGAAGAGAACGUCCAGUGCUCUUUCUCUGUCUCGUACAUAUUACACGAACUGAAAAUGUCAACUUGAAGGUACAUAUGGGUAAAGUAUGGAUAAAGCAUAUCCGUAUUGUGUGUCGUAGAGACUCGAAGAACUACACAUUUGAGAGAUAUUAAGACAAUAGAAAACUGUAACAUUAGAGAAAAAGAGAGAGACCGUCUUUCAAGUCACAACUAUAAAUCCGUCUUGAAAACGUUUUCUGUCCAAUAGACCCAGUUUGACUUUAACGGUGGUUCUCCUUCCAGUAUAUUGUAUGUUUGGAUGAAUCGAAAUGGCAGUUUUUAAAAUAAUAACGAAGAGGAGGAAGGGUAAAAAAAAAAUUCUUCGAUAAGACUAUGUAGCUCAAAAAAGUUGGUUCGACAAAAUUCUCGGUGUUCUGCUGAGCCACAUAAAUUAAAUUUACGAAUAUGAAAACAAAUCAUGUGAAUAAUCAUUUUCAUUCCGACGAUAGCUGUUAAACUAAAUGAAUAAUGAUAAAAUCAAUAUAAAAUACGCCUGCACACAAAAAGGAGGUAUAAACAAUUUAGCUCGGAUAUUGUGAUGUUUAUCCGACAUCUCAACAGAUGCAGUAUCUCGCGUACAUUGUACAGGUCGUAAUAGUAUUGCGUUGAAACCAAAAAGACGAAAUUAAUCGUAUUACCUCGCUGCAAAACCGAAACUCGAAAUAUUUCAUUUGCCUUAUUUUCCGUGUUUUCUCCUCUCUUUCGAAAGUAGGAACGCCACGAAACAGGUAUGAAAGUAAAAAUAUGAGGUAGAGAAACAUCGAUCCUCGAAAUUUAAAAUAAAAAUGUUCCAAAUCUACUUAGCGGGAAGGAAAUAUUUCUUCCUUUAUACGGAAGAACAAAUUUAUUUAUCGAUUGAAGAAUUACAUUAACCGAUAUUUUACUGCGGAAGAAGUCCAUUGAACGAGUACAGUAAUAUUUUACGAAUAACUCAGGUUAUAAAAAAGUUAGAUUUCUGACAUAACAAUGUACAAAAUACAAUGAAAAUGACGACAGGAUUAGAAAAAAAGGUAAAGAUGCUGAUCUUUUCACAAGGAAUUUAUGGGAUUUGUAUAAAUGAAUGGAUUAUGUACUAGAAUAAUUCUUUUCCUUAAUUAUAGGUAGUUAUGAAUCAUUGGUUUACAUACGGUUACACGUAUACUGUGUGUCCCGUCAAUAUUGAUAGUAAGGGAUCCUUUCUUUUAAUAAUAAUUCAUGAUCAAAGAUCGUAAUUGAUCGCAUAACAUUUUAUCAUUAAAAUAUUUUGAUAUAAACUUAAAGAAUAUAUAAUGUUCGUCAACAUUGUAUUAUUUAGAAUUAAUGUCUAUUGACAGAAUUUACUUAAAAUGAUUUUAUUUCGUUAAAUUAUAUAUUUUGAUAAAAUUAAUAUAAGAUAUAUCUUUUUUCCAGGCCAAGGUAGGGUGAGGUGAAAGAUGUUUGAAUAAUUAUAUUAAAUAUAAUAAUUUUUCGGUAUAAAGACUGGAGUACAAUAAAUAAAUUAUUACUUUUAAUGUAAGAGUAGACGAUAUCAUGAAAUAUCUCGAGUGUAAAAAAGAUGAUUAUCUUUAAAUUGUACACAACACGAAAAGGCAACCAGUGAGAAAUUGAUUUUAUAUUAUGCUUUUAUUGUAAUUAUGUACAACAUAUACAGCAAAAUCGAUCUUCGCACGAGUACUCCCAACAACUUCCUUCUUGCGUAAUGUACAGGGUGUUUCGAGAACAAGAUCGAAUAUAAAUAUAUAAAUAAUUGUAAAUAGUACCCAAGAUAAAUUAUAUUAUGUGUUUGUAAAUGUAGCAGAUGUUUCAGAAGUGAUUCGCUUAUACUUUUAUGCAGCAUCGGAUAUCGAUAAGGCUAAUACACACAUACACACACACACACAGACACAUACAUAUAUACACAA